UUCCAUCAUACACCUCACAGUCGCCAGUUGACCUGCUUCCUUUCUCUUCCUCUCAGGUUUCUAGCUCAUGGAAGGGCAGUAACGCUAGAAGCUCUUGGCACUAUCACACUAAGUCCCUCGAAAUUUCUAACAUCCUUCACACAUUUCAAACCCAGCUACGAACAGGGUGAUGAAUCCUUUGUUGGUCCAGCGCUACGGCAACGGGAGAAAAGGCACCAGGUCGAUUUAUCCCCCAUGGUUUUCCGAUUAUUUCUUUUGUUUUUUUUUCGUUUUAGUUUUUUUGCUGGGCCACGUUCACCACGUUUGAUCUUCAGGAUCCGUGGCCCAUAGUUCUAGUCAGAUAACGCCACCUUAUACCGACGUGCGCUUCGGGCUGAUCUGAACCAUGGGACCAUACCCAGGACAGGUUCCCGCGUUAGUACUCGGCUCCGGUGGACCAUGCGCCGGACAGGAGAACAAGAGACUACCGAACUCCCUGGGAGUGAGUGGAAUCUUCAUUUAUCCGCCAUUCUUGCCUAUAUUGAUUGCAUCAGAUGGAUCACCAGCCUGCUCUACCAAUGAUCACUGGAUCGUCGAUUACGGACGAAUGAUAUUCUCCUUUGCCGUUCGACUGCACUUGUCGCAGCUUGCUAAGUGGUGGAAGUUCGAAAGAUCGAGGAACUUUAAAUAACCAGAUACUUAGCUUGACAGAAUGUCUAAGAGUCAUUCAACAAGAUGAGUUUAGAGACAAUGUCAGUGACAAUUGCUCGUUAGUCUAGUCGUCUAAGUGCAAACCCCCGAAUGAUGCGCCAAUCUUUCGAUUCGGGGGCGAGAGUGGAUAGCUAAGAAAAGAACGCAGACCACAACACCGACCUUUCCUGUUCUACUAUCCGCUGAUGGCACUCCUCCGAUCUAUCCUCAGAACUAGUACUGCG